AUGGUUCAAACGUCCCUUUUUGCUAUAUUUACGCUGGUUUUGGCCUCCUCCUUUCAGGUCAUUGCUGAUCAGCAGCCAUUCCUUAAUGUUCAAAAGACAAAAGAUCCCUUAAAGAGAGUUCAUAAAAUACUUGAACAUUCCCCACUGAUUGACACUCAUAAUGAUUUGCCCAUGGAACUGGCAUUCGUGUAUAACGGCAAGAUCAACAACAUGAACCUCACACACCUCAACUGGGGACACACAGAUAUUUCAAGACUUAGAGAGGGUCAAGUAUCUGGUGUGUUCUGGAGCAUCUAUUAUGAUUGUGAAGAUACUUCAUCCAACCAAGUACUGAAAGCCAUGGAAUCUAUUGAUGUAACAAAGCGCAUGAUCAAUCUUUAUCCAGAAACAUUUCAGCUGGCGACGAGCACAAAGGAAUUCAGAAAGGCAUUCAAGAAGGGACGUAUUGCAUCUAUGAUGGGUAUCGAAGGUGGACAGAUGAUUGAUAACUCCUUGGCUGCUCUUCGUUUAUUCUAUGAUCUUGGUGUGAGAUAUAUGACGUUGACACACAACUGUCACACUGCCUGGGCAGAAGCUUGCUGUGAUCCACAACCACCUUCAUUCACCAAGGGACUCGGGUUAACCGAGUUUGGCAAAAAGAUCGUUUUGGAAAUGAAUCGUAUUGGCAUGAUGGUCGAUAUCUCUCAUGUUGCCCAUGCUACCAUGCACGCCGUUCUCGAUGUCACUGAAGCACCUGUCCUGUUCUCCCACUCAUCUAGUGAUGCAAUCUGCCCCCUUGAACGAAAUGUACCUGAUAGUGUGCUCAAGCGUUUGGAUGAAACAGACGGAGUGGUCAUGGUCAAUUUUUACAACAAUUUUGUGCAAUGUGAUCCUACCAAGGAAGUCACCGUCGCCGAUGUUGCCAAUCAUGUCGAGCAUAUUGCUUCCAUUGCUGGCAAACAUCGUGUUGGCUUAGGUGCAGAUUAUAAUGGCGUUGAAAAGGUGCCAGUAGGAUUGGAAGACGUAAGCAAAUAUCCCAACCUGAUUGCAGAGUUGGCUCGCCGUGGAUGGACCGAUGAGGAAUUGAUCGGAUUAGCAGGAGAGAACCUGCUGCGUGUAUGGAAAAAGGCUGAAAAAGUAAGCAAAAAAUUAGCCAAGAGUCAUCAACUUCCUGCCGAGGAUAGAAUAGAAGACUUUGUUUAA